GACAACAUGUACUUCCGUUUCCGGUGAAAACAACCUGUUUGGGAAAGUUUUCUAAAGAAAUUGUGUAGCCAUAAUGGAAAAUAUUCAGGAAUGAACUUGCAUUAUUAACAAUAUAUUCAGUGCAUAUAAAACUAAAGGCAGGUUUCGGGAGGCGAUCUGUCGAUGUUAAGGCGACUAACUCCAUCUAUCAUCGCUGAAGCAAGAUGUUAUGGUAAUUCGUCAUUGCAAAAUUGCUCUCGUCCUGUUUAUUUGAAACGCGAACUCUUCAGAAUAUUUGCUCCGAUAGUAAGAAAGUUCAGCAAAAUGGCAACCUUAGAAACACUCAAAUUCGACAACCUAGUGCUACGUGAAUUGCCGAUUGAUCCGAGCGAAGCAAAACGAGUUCGCCCCGUCGUAGGAGCGUGCUUCUCUAAGGUACAGCCAACCCCUGUUAGUAACCCAGAAGUCGUUGCCUAUUCAAAAUCAGCAAUGGAGCUUCUGGAUCUGCCCGAGGGUGAGCUGACGAGGCCUGACACAGCGGAAUACUUCAGUGGAAACAAGCUACUACCGGGGUCGACAACAGCUGCCCAUUGCUACUGUGGACAUCAGUUUGGCGUUUUUGCCGGACAGCUUGGAGAUGGGGCUGCAAUGUAUCUUGGUGAAGUAAUCAACAAGAAGGAUGAGAGAUGGGAGAUCCAGUUCAAGGGAUCAGGACUCACGCCCUACUCCAGAACUGCUGAUGGAAGAAAGGUGCUCAGGAGCACUAUCCGAGAAUUUCUUUGUAGUGAGGCGAUGCAUCACCUUGGUAUCCCCACUACAAGGGCAGGCACCUGUGUGACGUCAGACACGACGGUCAUCAGGGACAUCUUCUACAACGGCAAUCCCAAAGAGGAGAAAUGCACCAUUGUCCUUAGAAUAGCUCCAACUUUCUUGAGGUUUGGAUCAUUUGAAAUCUUCAAACCCACUGACCCCGAGUCUGGUCGGAAAGGUCCCAGUGUCGGCAAGACAGAGCUGCUGCAUCAGAUGUUGAACUACACCAUCAAGACAUUCUACACAGAGAUCUGGGAUGCUCACAGUGCAGACAAACAGACCGUGUACCUCGAUUUCUUUAAGGAGGUUGUGAGGAGUACAGCCAGACUAGUGGCCGAAUGGCAGUGUGUGGGAUGGUGUCAUGGUGUGUUGAAUACAGACAACAUGAGCAUCGUGGGACUCACCAUAGAUUAUGGACCAUAUGGCUUCAUGGACAGCUUUGAUCCAAACUUCGUCUGUAAUGGCUCAGAUGAUGGUGGGAGAUACACAUACGAGAAACAACCUGAAAUCUGCAAGUGGAAUUGUGGGAAGCUUGCAGAGGCUAUACAGGAUGCCAUUCCUCUCUCCGUUACCCAGCCUGCAUUGGAGUUGUUUGAUGAAGUGUAUGCUGACCACUACAAGAUGAAGAUGAGGAAGAAGCUAGGCCUAAGGAAGGAAUUAACAGAAGAUGGCGAUCUUGUGAAGUCCCUGAUAGACACCAUGCAAUCCACCAACAGCGACUUCACCAACAGCUUCCGCUGUCUGAGUCGGCUGUCUCUGCCUGGCAGUACCACAGCAGAACAAGAUCUGCAAGAUGUCACCGACUACCUCCUGACCCAGUGCAGUUCUGUGGAGGAGCUCAGGAAGGCUAAUGAGACACAGAUGGACUCAAGACAGCUGCAGAUGCUUCUCAUGUUGGGCCAGUCUAACCCUGGCCUGCUGCCAAUGCUUGGUCGUGGCUUCCUGUCUUUCACCAGGGAGCUGGAGAGGAUGCAGAAACAGGAAAAGAUGAAGGAUCUGACCCAAGAUAUAAAGACAGGAAGAGACAGAGAAGCCUGGACUCAAUGGUUGACAAAGUACAUGGGGCGUCUUACGAAGGAGGUGGCAGGGGAGCGGGAUGUGGAGGCCGUCAACCAGAGAAGGGUUGAACUUAUGAACAGCAACAACCCCAGAAUCAUCCUGCGCAACUACAUAGCCCAGAAUGCAAUAGCGGCAGCCGAGAAGGGCGACUACUCUGAAGUGAAACGGGUGUUGAAACUCUUAGAGAACCCAUUCAACUCUGAUAUUGAUGCAGCUGACCUUGUCUCAAGGUCACAAGAAGACAAGAAGUCUGCCACAACAGGUGAUGGUGGAGCAUCUUCAUCAAGUGAAAAAGAGGCUGGUCAAACAUUCUCAGAACAAAUGUAUGACAACAGGCCUCCCACGUGGUCCAUGGAUCUAAGAGUCACCUGAUCUUCAUAAACAUCUUGCAGAUCCUUCUCUGACUGCUCUUGCAACUUUCAAGAACAUCAUUUAGUGCUUCUGGAAUCGUUGACAUUGUAACUUUUAAUGAUUCAGUAUUCAAAUAUUGGACCAAAUGAUUUUUAUGCAACUGUAUUUUUUCAAUUUACCUUAAUAUUGUGAAAAAAUGCAUUAUUGUAAUAUUUGGUUUUAUAUGCUUGUACCGAGUCAUGAAUAUCGUUCCAGUAAGAACACUAUCUGAUAUUCUUUGGAAAAUUUGGCAAUCGAGCUGUCAGUAGGUACUGCAAGAUGUGUUCCAAGGACUAAUGAUGUUCACCACCUCUCAUUACAUGGAAGGUUGUGGGUUAUCUUAACAGUCCUACGGGUAACAAGGGGGAAUCUGUCAACAUUUCGAUACAUUUUUUUUUCUGACUAUUGUAGGUUCUACUACUAUUAGUUUGAAAGAAACUGAAAAUGAGACAUUUUGUAUCAUUGAUGAUGUUGAUGUGUUAUUCAAGAUUCCCCCUUGUUUAAACUUUCAGGAUGUUCAGAUUAGUUGCACAAAGGAUAUCUACCCCUGGUCAGUGAACUUGGUAUUGAACCAUUGUAGAACUUCUUUAAAAUCAGUUUUAGAAAACUAACCUUUUUCUUGGUUUUAUGGAUUCACAGUGUUUACAUACUCUCAUAAAAUAAUGUCAUUUUUAAAGAUUGAUAACUUCUCACUCACUAGCUCAAUUUCAACUCCGCUAACUCAAUGAUUUUAUGUAAAUCAUAGUUUUCAGAUUAUUAAUUUCUAUCCCUCUGUAACAUGCCUGACAGAAAAGAAUGUUAAGCUGUAUUCAUACAAUUAUUUGGAAGCAGUUUUAUCAUAUCCUGUUUCAUAGCUUAGGCACAAUCUAUUGAAGUGACGGAAAAAAGAAGCUGGUCUCGUGAAAACAGACAUACCAGCAGCUUGUCAAUUUGCAAACAUAUGUCAAUAUGUUAGUCUUGGAUAAAAAAAAUUCCAAAUUUUAUGUUCAAUCUGUUAAAUGUUUUUCAUGACCAUUCCAUAAAUUCUGUAUAGGCAACCCUCCCUCCUUGUUCUUUGAUCUGACCAGUGGCAGGUAGUUUGUGAUGAUGAAGACGCUGGGGACAACUCUACCAUGAGAAACCAGUGUUUGAUGACAGCCAAUCUCAAGAUCCUCAACACUAUUGUUAGGGAAUGUUUAGUGGAGUAUGUAUACUGUAUGUAGUAAUAGGUUAUAUAUACAGAGGCUUUUAAAAUAUUUUACACUUUUGUAUAGAAUAUACUCGUGAGAUGCAUAUGUUUUGAAAAAAUAAUAAUUUUUGGUUUGGUUAGAUGUUUUAACAAUUUAAAUAAUCUUCUAGAUUUCUGGCUGUGCAUGUUCAAUGGUUGGCAUUUUUCCCAUUUAACCAGAAUAAUGGUGGUAUGUAGUUAUCUGAAAGUAACUGUGCAUGGAGUUUUAAGAUGCCUGGUUGCUGAAUUGUAAAUCAUUCUUAAUCAGAACCGAGGACAGUGUGUUGUAUUUGCUUGAGAUUAACAUUGUACAUUAAUUGUAUAUACAGAAUAUUGUGAAUGUGUUGUCUCGAAAAGUAUGUUUUCUCCUUCAAAAACCUGGAGUGAUUUGUAUAUUUAUGGCGAAAGUACAAGGUAUGACCCUUAUGGAGCUAUAGCAGUGUCAAGAGUCUCAAAGAAUAAAAGAUGUAGCAUUUUGUA